CUCUUUAGUCAUAGGAGAGAAGAAGAAGAAAGAGAGGAGAUCAAAAUUGGAAGCGCAAAGAUGAAGCUCCCUUGGGGUCAGAACCAUGCCACCAAUCGCCGGUUCAACAGCUACCGCCCGUCCCCCCCUCUGCCGGAGGUCGCCGGCGUGGGCACCGCAACCGAUGGCGCGUCGAGAUCCCCUUCCACCAUGCUGUGGUUCGUCCUCCACGGGCUCUGCUGCUUCGUCAGCCUCGUGCUCGGCUUCCGCUUCUCCCGCGUCGUCUUCCUUCUUCUCUUCUCCACCUCCACCCUCUACACCUCCGCCCCCUUCCUCCUCACCACCACCACCACUACUACCACCACCACGACCACCACCACGACCACCACCACUACCCGCACGGAGACCGUGACGAUCUCACAGCUGCCCUCCGCCACGCCGGCCGCCCAGCUUCCGCUCCAUAACCGGACUCACGGCCCCGUCGUGGUCGGCCGCCACGGGAUCCGGAUCCGGCCGUGGCCGCACCCCGAGCCUGCCGAGGUGCUGCUGGCGCACCAGAUAAUCGAGAGGGUCCAGCACGAGCAGCGGCUGCAGUACGGCUUCAAGAAUCCCCGCCCGCUCAUCGUCGUCACGCCCACCUACUCCCGGACCUUCCAGGCACUGCACCUCACCAGCCUCGCCCACUCCCUCAUGCUCGUGCCCUACCCGCUCACUUGGAUCGUCGUGGAGUCACCCGAGGCCUCGAAUGAGACCGCCUCCAUCCUUGCUGAGUCCCAGCUUAACUUCCUCCAUAUCCCAUUCCUCGAUUUGAUCCCGGAGAGACUCUUGGAACGACAUAUCGUCGAAGCUCGGAUGCGUCUUCACGCACUGAGAGUGGUGAGGGAUCGGAAGCUGGACGGGAUUGUGGUGUUCGCCGAUGAUAGCAAUGUGCACAGCAUGGAGCUGUUCGACGAGGUUCAAAAGGUGAAGUGGAUGGGUGCUCUCUCAGUUGGAAUUCUAAUGCAUUCUGGAAUGACUGAGACAAUGGGUAAUGACAAGAGAAAGGAGAAGUUUCAGAUGCCCGUCCAAGGCCCGGCUUGUAACUCAUCAGGGGACCUGAUCGGCUGGCAUACUCAUAAUUCUUUGCCAUAUGCACAGAAUAGUGCAACUCCUAUGAGCGAGAUGCCAACAGUUCCGGGGAAGAUGGAGUGGGGUGGUUUCGUGUUGAACUCGAGAUUGCUGUGGAAAGAAGCUGAGGGAAAACCUGAUUGGUUUCGUGAUCUUGAUGCUGUGGGUGACAGGGAAGAGAUUGAUAGCCCAUUGGCCCUGUUAAAAGACAAGUCCUUCGUUGAGCCUCUUGGUGAGUGUGGCAAGAACGUCCUGUUAUGGUGGCUCCAUGUUGAAGCCUGCUUUGAUAGCAAAUUCCCACCGGGAUGGACUAUAGAACCUGCUUUUGGAAUGACUGAUGUACCUGAUGCACUUCCAUCUGAAACGAUGAUUGCUAACAAAGAUAUGUUUGAUAUGAAUUUUUUAAGAAAGACUGGGUCAUCCAGGUCGAGGGAUGAUGCUGAUGGUGAAAAUAAGCAUGAACAGCAAGUGGAUACUGAAGCUCCUGGGAUUUCCCAAGGCUAAGAAAAGUCAUGCCUCCAAAAUUUCCACAGAGUUUCGUCGUACUUUCUGAAGUUCGUUCAAGAAAAGUAGUUGUCCUAUCUACUUCAAGAAAAUUGCAUUCCUAAAUCAGGAAAUGUUAAUAUUUAUUUCAUUUU